CAAAAUUCAGAUUUGAAGUACGGUUUCUUAUUAAAGCUUUCGUAUUGCUUUCACACCAUCGGCAAGGUCGAAAAAUCCUAAGCUGAACCAUCGUAAGUCGGGGACUGUCUGUAAUUUUGGCCUGAUAAUCGGUUGACUGUUAGCUCUGUGCCCUUUCCUGAGCUGUGAAGCAUUUGGGAGACAAAGAUGAAAAGACACAUGAGCGAAGGAGAAGGAAAUGAGGAAACCGAAGGAAAAAUAAAAUUGUGGUAGCAGUUCAGAAGCCAAGCUAUGAGUGAACUCUGGUCUCCCGCACCGGAGCGUAUUGCUGUGGGAGCCACCCUGAGCCGCCCCCUGGGGCCUUGGAAUCAAUUCUUCCCCCUGCGGGUGGCUCUGCGUGACACUCUCCACUCGUGUGUUUCUUUGUUUCAUAGAUGGAGCGGCCUCGGGAGUAGCAAUGCCUGCCCAAAUACCAGAGCUGGCGAUCAUGGGCGAAGACCAGAUCAUUGACGAAGCCUUGGAUAAGUUCGUUAAUUGUCACGAGCAAACAUACGAAGAAUUUCUGAACACUUUCACUCAUCUUUCAGGAGAGGAUAAUGCGACCAAAAGAGGCGCGUUUGGAACCAGUUCUUCAGAAAAUGCAUUUACUUCAGUACAACUUACUCAUGAAAAUGAGCCACAUGGUCACCGCCUGAGAAGCAGCGCCGUCUUUCUCCAGACUUCAUCACAGUGUCCAGAAGAAGAGCAGAUAGUGCUGGAGGAAGGCCAAAAAGUUGGCAGUUCCUCCCAAGGUGACCUGAACCGGGCAGGAAAAGUGAAGGUAGAUAAUUUCCUAGGAAUGGAAGAUUUGGACACGGAUGAAGACAUUAAGCCCCGAAUGAGCAAGGAUUUGCUGCUGCUGCCCGGAGAAGUGGAGCAGGACCUGAGCCCCCGAAUUCCUCCCUGCAUUCCUCCCGUGGCCCGGCCUGGGAUCCCUGGAGCGAAGCCCCAGCCCACGGUGAAAGGGGCGGACAGGCACAGGGACGAGAUACUUGGAGAUGAAGUUCAGCCCUUCAGACUUGAUGAAGAAUUUGAUUAUGACGCUGUGAUGCUCACCCCCAAGUUCACUCCUGCAGAGCUAGAAGCCAUCAGAGAGCUGUCCAAGCAAAAGCGAGGGAACACCAGCACAGACUUGGAGGAACCCGGCGACUGACUCUCCAAGGCAUCUUCCCGUUUACUUUUAUUUUGUUCUUAUUUAAGCAAAAAUGGAAUAAAUGAUAAACCCACUGUAAUUCCCUUUG